GGGAAAUUUGUCUCAGUCUGCUGCUGCAAGUCACCAGGCACCGAUUUAAGCCCCUGUUAGCAUUACCAAACCCGAGACUGACCGGGCGAGACUAUUUCCGUUCCUUACGCAGAUCAGCCCUGCAUUUGGCCUCAGUGCCAUGCCAAGGAUACUGGAUUCCCGAGGGUCGAAAUCCUUCCGUGUGCAAACCAAGUAGGUAACUACUUACCGUGGUACAGUGCGACGAAAGGAUUGGUUGCCCCGCUGAAGCUGACAACUUUUACAUCACUGACUGACUUACAGGAUUGGCUUUGAUGUACGUUCAAGCUAUUACCUACUUACUGAAUAAAGGUGACGCAUUCUGCCGGAUUUCACAUUAACUGAGGACAAUGGAAUUGUUCUUUUCGAACCAUCCGUCUGAGAAUCUGCCAAGAUGCGCUUCACAGCGUCGAUUUCACGUAUUCUCUCCGCGCUCCUCGUAGCGCAAUCUCCAACACCAGCGCUCGCCAUCCCAACGACCCGCCAAACCGGUAGCCUAGCUUUCCUGCCCGACGACCCAGUCUUCACGUUCUCCUACUCCACAUCAGACGCCGACGCGAAGAAUUGGAUCGGCAUCUACCGCGCCUCCGGCGGCGGACCCGAUAACCAGACGUUUGUAGAGCCGUCGCUGGUCUGGGGGUAUGCGCCCGAAUCAAACGGGACGCUCGAGAUUGAGAACGGCGGAUUGAUCCCUGGAGACUACCGCGCCUACUUCCUUGCCAGAGACGGGUAUGCGUGGCUUGCGGCGCCAGUGGACGUGAGGGUGCCGUAUGCUUCUGAGCCAAUCGGAUUUCUUGUUCAUGAGAUUACGCUGAGGAACGCGCGUAUCGGAGACGGGUACGAGGCGCGGGUUGAUGGGUUGAGGAGCGGUGGCGGGAGCGCGGCCGUGAGCUUUCGUAGAGUCGAGGGGAGCGAAUGGGUCCAGGUAUCGGAGGCGGGCGUCCUAUCCGGCACGCCUGACGUCGCGGGGCCGGCUCAAGUCACGAUCGAAGUGGUCAUCGCAGCAACGGCGGCGGCGAAUGGAUCAUCUGCGCGGUUGGACGCCAAGAUCCCCGUCCGCUCCGUCGGCACACCGCUCGUGGAUGAGGUGUCCAUCAUGUCGUUCAACCUGUGGCACGGCGGGACGCAGGUCUCCGAUUACCACGCUAAACAGGUGCGGUUCCUGUCCUCGAGCGGCGUGGAUGUCGUCGCUGUGCAGGAGAGCACGGGAGGCCAUGCUGCGCGGCUGGGGGAUGCGUUGGGGUGGUAUUCGUGGCAGGGCGGCGAUGUUGGGUUCCUGAGCAAGUAUCCGCUCAAGGACGCUGCUGCACACGAGGGCGGGACGUAUGCUGCGUCCGUGAGGGUCGUGCUGGAUGUCGAGGAAGAGGUUGUGUUGUGGAAUGUGCAUCUGGGAUAUGACCCGUACGGACCCUACGAUUUCUGCUUCAACAACAUGACGGUAGAGGAGGUGCUGGCGCGGGAGACGGAGUCCAAGAGGACGCCGCAAAUCGAGUCUGUUGUCCGAGCCAUGGCGGGGCAGUUGGCGAAGGCGGAGGCGGUGCCGGUAGUGUUGGUGGGUGACUUCAACGCGCCUUCGCAUCUGGAUUGGGUUGGUGCCACGAGUGGGAUGCAUUGCGGUCAAGGGGACAUGCCGUGGCCUACGUCUGUUGCGCCGACGGAUGCCGGGUUGGUUGAUUCGUAUCGGGUUGUGUGGCCGGACCCGGGGGCGAGGCCGGGGGUUACGUGGUCGCCCAUCUUCUUGGAGAAUGAGGGAAGGCCGGAGCCGAUGGAUAGGAUUGAUUUUGUGUAUUUCCGGGGCGGGAAGUUGGAGGUUCUCGGCUCGGAGGAGGUUGUGGUGGGGGAACCGGCGCCGGAGCCGGGGCACGGGGGCAAUGAGUGGACUUCGGAUCAUGCUGCUGUUGUGACGAGGUUCAAGGUGAAGAGUCAGUUGCAUACAUGACAAUGUGCCGUGAAUAUGAUCUCUUCGAAUCAAG